UAGUCUUCUGAAGUAAUAGUUUGGGGAAAUUAUCACUUUCCUUUAGACCUCUGGCCUUUCUUAGGAUCUCAGAGUGGUGUCAGCUCAGUUCUUCUGUGCGGUGUUGCUCUCAUCGUGGCCUUCGGUUCAGAAACAAUCUCCUUACCUGAAGUUCAAGGCCCUUCUGGGCUCUCUUGCUCGCUCUUGUUACAAAAAUCUUUUUGGUAGUAGUAGUAGCACUUGGCACUUUUCCUAGUUUCUCCCCAUAUAAUUAAUUCAGUACUCAAGAGUUGAUAACUUCUGUCCCAUCUUGGGGGGGGGAAAGGCAAAGGGGAGGAACAGAUUACCUGGUUGAAGUCAGGGUUGUGACAGCUUCAGAUGCUUGCCUUCUUUGGAAUCCAGCUGACAUGAAUAAUCCUGUGUGAUCUUGGACAAGUUCCCUAAGUUCUCUGUAAGGUGGGAUCUUACUGUCUGCCUUGGCCAGGAGUAGGCCGCGAGUGAUAUGAUGAGUAUAAACUUUGUGUGUAUGGAAUCUGUUAGAAGAUCAAUAAAUGUCUCUUUUUCCCCCUUCCUCCCUCCACUGACUGUUUUAUAAGGGAGAGAGAGGUUAGGGACAGACCAGUUUGUAGACCAGACAGGUAGAGUGACUUUAAAAACAUCCUAUAUGCAAAAGUAGUAAAUAAGUGGCAUAUUGGGAAUGUGAAGCAGUAGCUGCUCAAUCCAAGCUUGUGAAGUAGUAAAUUUCUUAACAUUUUUCUUACGACUGGAGACUGUCUGGGGUCUGUGUUUUUGUGAUUUCUGAUCGAUAAAUGUAGCCAAAGUUGCCUCUGUUUGGAGACCUGAAGUUUUAGUGUCUUCUCGGGUUGAAGUAGAGAGCAGAUUUACCAGAUGCUUUUCUCAGCUGCCUUCUUGCUGGGUUUUUCUUUCAGAUCCAACAUGAGCGAAGCUUCCUGCAAAAAACGUGAUGACUAUUUGGAAUGGCCUGAGUAUUUCAUGGCAGUGGCCUUCUUAUCAGCACAGAGAAGCAAAGACCCAAAUUCCCAGGUUGGAGCCUGCAUUGUGAAUACCGAGAACAAGAUCGUCGGGAUUGGGUACAAUGGAAUGCCCAAUGGAUGCAGUGAUGACCUGUUGCCAUGGAGAAGGACAGCGGAGAACAGGCUGGACACCAAGUACCCCUACGUGUGUCACGCCGAGCUGAACGCCAUUAUGAACAAGAACUCAGCGGACGUGAAGGGCUGCAGUAUGUAUGUCGCCUUGUUCCCAUGUAACGAGUGCGCUAAGCUCAUCAUCCAGGCAGGUAUUAAAGAAGUUAUUUUCAUGUCUGAUAAGUACCACGAUAGUGACGAGACAAAAGCAGCAAGGCUCCUGCUCAGUAUGGCCGGGGUCACCUUCAGGAAAUUCACCCCAAAGUGCAACAAGAUCAUCAUUGACUUUGAUUCAAUUAACAGCAGAACAAGUGAAACAGUGAGUUCCACCUCGUGAACCGUCCGGAAGAAUGGGAUUAUCCUCUUCUAAGGAGCUGCUCCUGCCUUUCAUCUGCACAGGAAGAGUGGACAUUUAAGAAUAUAAACCCUUGCAUCUUCCUUACUCUCUGCCACACAGAAGCUACAUCCAUUUGAACUAUUGGUUUAGGGUUUAAAAUAAGAGAACCUGUUGGUGGCCAAGCACACGGGGCUAGGGCAAGGGUGCCUGCCCCGGGCCUGACUUGCAGGGUGUUGGUGGUGGGGCCAAGAGCCCUCAGCUGUCUGUCAUCUGCUGCUUUCCAGCAGCCACCCCUCACUGCUGCAUGUUCUGGAAGGACAAAUAAAUAAUUGUUGCUGUGUUCUUAGUGGGGAUGAGCAGACACACUGAUUUGAACAUCUGGCCCAAAUGAAGCAUGCCGUGUAGUGCCCUUGGAUAAAAAUGAGGACUCAGCGACAAUAUUAAUGUAUCUGCUACCGAGACUUGAGGGACACCCUCAGCCACCCGUCCUUAAAACUGAGAUGGGAUGGCACGUCUGUAAUGACAGGUGAUGAGCAUAAUGGAACCAGGGACAUUUCUUCUGUUCCUGCCACCCUGCUGUCACACAGGGUGAGGGUACAUUAGCUCUUUGGGGAUGGGGACCCCUGCUGUUCGGUGUAUUUUUGGUUUGUUUGUCAUGUGAAGCUCCUGGUUGUUGUUUAUCUGAAUAAUGAGUUGUCCCCAGAAGAUGAAGACAGCCUGUCUCCCUUGGUGCCCCUGAGGCCCAGCCUGGCUGUGGUGGCAGCUGGGGUUGUGUGGGUGGAUGGGCUCUGUCCUGUGAUCGGGGUCCAUCCUGUGGACCAUCUCGCCUCUCUUCUGAAAGUCAGCUUGGUUCAUUUCUAAGGCCACUGCCACCAGGAGUCCAUAAAUUCCUGUCCUGCAAGUGAGCUCUUGGUGACUGGAGCUCAUUUGUGCUCCUAGUGCCAUCAGCAGCACAAAUGUCACCUUCCUAAUCACAGAGCCCCAGCACCUGUGUAGGGGCCUUUGUCUUUAAUCUCAUUUAAUUUUUAUUAAACGUGCUCAGUACCUUUGUUGAACAAAUGCUUUAUCCUAAAGAUGAUUACCUUUGUAAAGUGCUUUUAUAUUUUCAUGAGUUUUUAUUUUGUCUCUGGGUUCUGUACUCGCCAUUCUAGGGCAUUUUCUAAUUUGGUUACUGAUAAUUAUUAAAGUCUUGUUAAAGUCUA